AUGCCCGCUGCGCAGGUCCACGCUGUGAGCAGCACCCUACGCAUUGCAGGCCAAAGCCACGGGUUGGAGGCCCUCGCAUCAGUCAGCGACCCCUUCUCUCCAACAGCCGCGAGGGUUCUGGAGCGCGUCACUUACUCGAUCGAGGCUAAAGCCGCCUGCAGGCGCCCCUUUGCACCGGAUCCGCGGAGGGCAGAUGCGCCCGGUCGGUCAUUCGACAAGUCCCGCAGCGACAAGGAGACCUUAGCUGCGCACCUUUGA